UUCGCAGACACGUUCGAGGUCUAUGUACGUGUCAUUCGAGCUGUCAACCACCGCAUCUACGCGGUUCUAGGUUGGAAUACUCCUGAUUGGCGACCCUUGCAUGCCUGCCGUGCAUGCUGCUACAAAGUCAAAGACGAGCCUCCCUUGCGAUUUAGUCGCAUUUUCUGUCUCGACAGCAAUAACAGCCUGAAGCGCGUGGCAGCCGCGACCCUCGGAGGAAGAACCGCGGCAGAUGUGCGAACAUUCGAUGACGCUUCAUACUAUCUACCAAGGGACUUUGUCGACUGCUUCGCCACCGAGGUUCGAGACACAAUGUCCGAGCAGCCGGCAACGCUGCCGUCAGACCCCGUGAAGGCUGCGCUUGCUCAGAAACUCCUCGAGCAAUGUGUGAAGAACUGGAAAGCAGCUGCAGGAGAGGAGAAGAAGCAGAUGUGGCGAAUGUUUGAUGAAUCAGGUCUAUUCGCUUCUGCCUGUCGCCAUGGUUUCAUUCUCUGGAUCACAGAUAUGGUCCGGAGCAGAGAGCUUGCAAAAUACCCUCUAUCUAUCAUGCGCAAAAUUCUCGACACGUUCGAGCCAGACUUCGCAGGCGCCUACGAUAUCAGCUGUGUCUUCGAGACAACUAUCAACAACAGUUCACUCGGAGACGACUACCGCGCAAAGAACGGUCGCAUGUUUGUCCCCGCGUUCCAUGGCUAUUCCCACUCCCACAUUUGUCAGCUUCAAUUUCAUCCAAACAUCAUUGAGGGUAUGGGCAUCGAGGACGCGGAAUGUCUUGAACGCGUGUUCAGUGGGUCUAACAAGCUUGCUCCGAUUGUCCGCUACGCCUCCCUGUUCUGCCGCAUGCUCCUUAUCGAAGAGUACUUCAAGCAGUGGGAUGAAGAGAAGUAUCUCAAUCUAGGGCUCUUCAUGCCAAACAACUAUGUGCAGGCUCUUGAUACCGUCGAGCAGGAGACGGUAGCACUCGCUCAGGCCGCAGCCGAGCAGGGUGUAACUGAGGAGCUCAUGCAGCAAUGGGCGCUAGAGGAACGGGAGUUCUUCACGACCCUUGGCGAUGAGCUGGAAUACGACAUCCGUGCGAUUGCAUAUGUUGAGCUACUGCAACAGCUCCGGGUUCUCGAGCCGAAGAUGACAAGAGCAACAAUGCAGUUUCACGCGUUCGAGCCAUCCGGCAGUAAGGCGGUGUACGGCCACGAUGUACGCCGGACAAAUAAACUCGAGGCCAAGCGUCGGCAUGCCAUCGACCAGCACUAUUGCAUUACCUUCGAGCUUGUCCAGCUCGAGGUUGCUAUGGGCAUCACGCAGCGGUGGACUCCAUUGGAUGAGCCGUACAAGGAAGCGCUCAAGUAUAUGCGGGACCGUCACUAUCGCCGCGCGCUAGAGAAGCUGCAGAAGCUUGUGGUUCAACGGCUCUUCGAGCUUGAUAAGCUCAACAUUGCGGAGACAGGGUACAAGAUGCGCACUCAUCUUGCGAAGUCCCUGCAGGUCCGGUGCAAGACAAUUCGCCGAGCACUCGACCAAUACAAUACCGCUGCAGCGGCCAUGAACCCGCCUCGUCCGGCUCUUGAUUGGGAUAAGAUUUCCCACUACUCUUUUCUCGAAGAAUUCACUUUGCUCCAGGACACUCGUAACGAUAUUUGUGAACGGGCGUGGGCGAAGCCGGUCAUUAGGGAAAGCAUCAAGUCAUAUCGUCGCCUCAAUCGCGCGAAGGAAGAAAUCACGCGGCUCAAUUGCGAGGUCGUUCGGGUUCACACCGCAAUUCAAGACGAGGCUAUCCUCUUCAAAGAGGCCUUGGCUAGUCUCGACAAUGGAAAUCCGCUUCGCGGUGCCCUCGCUGAGUUCAUCGUCCGUCGCACGAAGAGCAACGACCAUCUCCUGCUGCGAAUCCGGCAGAUUUACGCCCUCGCCGGCUACACUGGAAAGCACGGACCAGGUGAAGCACUGCGUAACAUGAACGGAGAUGCAGCAUUUUCUCUGCUGACAGCCUUACCCACUGCGGACGGUGAUACGCAUAACAAGCACGACGACCGUGACCGCGCGCUUGGGGUCAGUGACGACGAGUCCGACUCUGGGGAUGAUACUUUGGGUAAUGAUGAGGCAGAGGAACAAAUGGGCGCUCUAAUACAAUAUAUAGCUGAGCUUGCAUUACUGUAG